CACAACCCACACCUGGAUGGACUGAAAGAUGACAUCCUCUACCACUUUGGUUUAGGAACAGGAACUCAUGACCUACCAGCUAUGUUUGGUGAUGUCAAAUUUGUGUGUGUUGGGGGCAGCCCUUGGAGAAUGAAAGCAUUUACAGAGUACAUUGCUGCUGAGCUCAGUAUGGAAGACCCCAAAUCAGAGUACCCAAACAUCUGUGCAGGAACGGACCGCUAUGCCAUGUACAAAGUCGGCCCUGUACUGUCUGUCAGUCAUGGGAUGGGCAUCCCAUCUAUUGCCAUAAUGCUGCAUGAGCUAAUAAAGCUCCUCCAUCACGCACAUUGCACAGAUGUUACAAUUGUACGCAUUGGGACA